GCUCCCUCCCUCCCCCCCUGACCCCCGACCCACGCCGGCCGGCCCCCAGCCCCAGCCCCGGAGGGAGCUCAUGGGAGUAUGAAGGAGAUGGUAGGAGGCUGCUGCGUAUGUUCGGACGAGAGGGGCUGGGCCGAAAACCCGCUGGUCUACUGCGAUGGGCACGCGUGCAGCGUGGCUGUCCACCAAGCUUGCUAUGGCAUCGUCCAGGUGCCCACGGGACCCUGGUUCUGCAGGAAGUGCGAAUCUCAGGAGCGAGCAGCCAGGGUGAGGUGUGAGCUGUGCCCACACAAAGAUGGGGCGUUGAAGAGGACUGACAAUGGAGGCUGGGCCCACGUGGUGUGUGCUCUCUACAUCCCCGAGGUGCAGUUCGCCAACGUGCUCACCAUGGAGCCCAUCGUGCUGCAGUACGUGCCUCACGAUCGAUUCAACAAGACCUGUUACAUCUGUGAGGAACAGGGCCGGGAGAGCAAAGCCGCCUCAGGAGCCUGCAUGACCUGUAACCGCCACGGAUGUCGCCAAGCUUUUCACGUCACCUGUGCCCAGAUGGCAGGCCUGCUGUGUGAGGAGGAAGUGCUGGAGGUUGACAAUGUCAAGUACUGUGGCUACUGCAAAUACCACUUCAGCAAGAUGAAGACAUCCCGACACUCCAGUGGGGGAGGAGGAGGAGGAACAGGAGGAGGCGGCAGCGGUGGAGCAGGCGGCUGCAGCAGCGGUACCGGUGGCGGAGGUAGCACAGGGGGAGGUGGCAGCAGCGGCGGCAACAGCUUCCUUACUGGCAGGAGAAGCCGGUCAGCCUCACCGUCCACCCAGCAGGAGAAGCACCCUGCCCACCAUGAGAAGGGCCCGAAGAAGAGUCGAAAGGACAAAGAACGCCUUAAACAGAAGCACAAGAAGCGGCCUGAGUCCCCCGCCAGCAUCCUCACCUCGCCUGUGGUUCCCACUGCUGAUAAGGUCUCCUCAGCUGCUACUUCCUCCCACCAUGAGGCCAACACUCAGGAGCCGGCUGAGAGCACCAGGGACUCAAAGGGGAAAAAGUCUUCCAGCCAUAGCCUGAGUCAUAAGGGGAAGAAACUGAGCAGUGGGAAAGGUGUGAGCAGUUUUACCUCCGCCUCCUCCUCUUCUUCCUCCUCUUCCUCUUCCUCCUCUUCCUCUGGGGGCCCUUUUCAGCCUGCAGGCUCUUCUCUGCAGAGCUCUCCUGACUUCGCGGCAUUCCCCAAGCUGGAGCAGCCUGAGGAUGACAAAUACUCCAAGCCUGCGGCCCCCACUCCGCCAGCCCCUCCCUCACCCACGGUCCCUGAGCCGCCAAAGGCUGACCUCUUCGAACAGAAGGUGGUCUUCUCUGGCUUUGGGCCUAUCAUGCGCUUCUCCACCACCACGUCCAGUUCUAGCCGAGCCCGAGCCCCCUCACCUGGAGACUAUAAGUCUCCCCAUGUUUCGGGGGUUGGGGCCUCAGCAGGCACCCAUAAGCGGAUGCCUGCACUGAGUGCCACUCUUGGACCUGCUGAGGAGGCUCCUGAGACGGGCCUGAAGGAGAAGAAGCACAAAGCCAGCAAGCGGAGCCGACAUGGGCCAGGCCGGCCCAAGGGUAGCCGAGGCAAGGAGGGUGCCACAGGCCCGACUGUCUCCCUCCCUGCGGCUCAGUUGGCUGGCUUUACUGCCACCGCUGCCUCACCCUUCUCCGGGGGUUCCCUGGUCAGCUCCGGCCUGGGGGGCCUGGCCUCCCGAACCUUUGGGCCUUCAGGAAGCUUGCCCAGCUUGAGCCUGGAAUCUCCUCUUCUGGGGGCAGGCAUCUAUACCAGUAAUAAAGACCCCAUCUCGCACGGUGGAGGGAUGCUACGGGCUGUUUGCAGCACCCCACUCUCUUCCAGCCUGCUGGGCCCCCCAGGGACCUCAGCCUUGCCUCGCCUCAGCCGAUCCCCAUUCACCAGCACCCUCCCACCCUCCUCUGCUUCCAUCUCCACCACUCAGGUGUUUUCUCUGGCUGGCUCUACCUUCAGCCUCCCUUCUUCCCACAUCUUUGGAACCCCCAUGGGCACUGUUAACCCCCUCCUCAACCAAGCCGAGAGCAGCCACACAGAGCCAGACCUAGAAGACUGCAGCUUCCGGUGUCACGGGACCUCCCCCCAGGAGAGUCUCUCUUCCAUGUCUCCCAUUAGCAGUCUCCCUGCACUCUUCGACCAGACAGCAUCAGCAGCCUGUGGGGGCAGCCAGUUAGACGCCACGGCCCCAGGGACAACGAACAUGGAGCAGCUGCUGGAGAAGCAGGGCGAUGGAGAGGCUGGUGUCAACAUUGUAGAGAUGCUGAAGGCCCUGCACGCGCUGCAGAAGGAAAACCAGCGGCUGCAGGAGCAAAUCCUGAGCCUGACAGCCAAGAAGGAGCGACUACAGAUACUCAAUGUGCAGCUAUCUGUACCCUUCCCCGCCCUGCCUGCUGUCCUGCCGGCUACCAAUGGCCCUAUCCCCGGGCCCUAUGGGCUGCUUCCUCAAGCCGGCAGCAGUGACUCCUUGAGCACCAGCAAGAGUCCUCCAGGGAAGAACAGCCUUGGCCUGGACAAUUCGCUGUCCACGUCUUCCGAGGACCCACACUCAGGCUGCCCGAGCCGCAGCAGCUCAUCGCUGUCCUUCCACAGCACGCCCCCACCGCUGCCCCUGCUCCAGCAGAGCCCUGCCUCUCUGCCCUUAGCCCUGCCUGGGGCCCCUGCCCCGCUUCCACCUCAGCCACAGAAUGGGCUGGGCCGGGCCCCCGGAGCAGCGGGGCUGGGGACCAUGCCCAUGGCCGAGGGGCUGUUGGGUGGGCUGGCGGGCAGCGGGAGUCUGCCCCUCAAUGGGCUUCUGGGGGGGUUGAAUGGGGCUGCUGCUCCCAAUCCUGCCGGCUUGAGCCAGGCUGGCGGGGCACCCGCACUUCAACUGCCCGGUUGUCUCAACAGCCUGACGGAGCAGCAGAGACACCUCCUUCAACAGCAGGAGCAGCAGCUGCAGCAACUCCAACAGCUCCUGGCCUCUCCACAGUUGACCCCGGAGCACCAGACUGUGGUCUACCAGAUGAUCCAGCAGAUCCAGCAGAAACGGGAGCUGCAGCGGCUGCAGAUGGCUGGGGGCUCCCAGCUGCCUGUGGCCAGUCUGCUGGCUGGGAGCUCCACCCCGCUGCUGUCCACUGGCACCCCUGGCCUGCUGCCCACAGCAUCAGCCCCACCCCUGCUGCCUGCUGGAGCCCUGGUGGCUCCUUCACUAGGCAGCAAUACAAGUCUCAUGGCUGCAGCAGCUGCGGCCGCAGCAGUGGCGGCAGCAGGUGGACCUCCAGUCCUCACUGCCCAGACCAACCCCUUUCUCAGCCUGCCUGGGGCAGAUGCCAGUGGGAGUGGCCCCAAAGGAGCGACUGCUGACAAAGGAGCCUCAGCCAGCCAGGAAAAAGGCUAACUCUACUCUGCCCCUCCUGAUCCCUACAUGGCUUGAGGGUCCUUGCCUGGAGUGGGCGCCUGGGCCCAGACUCUGGAGAGCCAGGCCCAGUGCCUGUGCUGAUUCCAGAGAGUAUGUGCCGGGAGUUCCGGGUGCUGAGGACAGAGACUGGAGGGGACCCCUUCCACCUGGCCCGUUCCCUCACCACACUGGCUGCUUCAGGAGAGAGGAUCAGGGAGGACAAGCUCCAAGCCUGCCUAGGAGCCCCCUCCUCUGCAGAUGCCUAGGGGCCCCCAAAGAGCAAAGUAGGUCAUAGCAUAAGAAGUGGAGGAUUGGUUGGACCUACCACAUAACCCAGUCAGCACUUGAAUGGGGAAGGUGAAUGAGGGGGCCCCUGGGCCUGUCCCUAUGUGGAGAUUCCUUAUGGAAAAAGGGCUGGUCCCACUUGACCUUCGGUUCCUUCCCAGCAGAAGGGAUCCAUCCCUUUGACUGUUUCUCAUCAUCCCUCCCCACUGAGGGUCACAAGCUGAGCUUGGAAAAGCCUACAGAUGUGGGGGGCUGAGGAAAGGCAGGAUAGCACCUCUUAGGGCCUCGUGAUGGGGCUGGGCGGGAGGGGGGGAAGUCCCUUGCUAUCCUUGGUGUCCUGCCUCUUUUUGCACUAUUGGCUUGAGGAGUGCCGAGGGUGGGGAGAGGGAGCUGCCUGACUCCACAGAGCGUGAGAGUGUGUGAGUGUGCGUGUGCCUGUGUGUGUUGGAUGGUCAGUCUGUCUAACUUGUCUGUCACUUCUUCCUCUGGACCCCGGAGCAGCAAAGGGCAAGGACAGGAGCAGUGGCCGGAACCAGAGCAGGAGCUCCUGGCUCUUGUCCCCUUUACUCUAUCACCAGCUCUGGUCCUUUUCUAGGGCAUGAGUGGUUAACUUUUUAAAAAACA